AUGUCUGUCCCUAAGAUUGCUGGUAUCCUCCUCGGAUCGGCCGCCAUGGUCUCCGCUCACGGCUACGUUACCGGUGCUGUCGUUGAUGGCCAGUACUAUGGCGGUUACCUUGCCGACUCCUACGGCUACAUGGCCGAUCCUCCCAAGGUCAUCGGCUGGUCCACCACUGUCCGUGACAACGGCUUCGUCGAUGGCACCGGCUACGCGACUCCCGACAUCAUCUGCCACCGUGGUGCUAAGCCCGGCGCUAUUUCCGCCCCCAUUAAGGCCGGUGGUAAGGUCGAGCUCCAGUGGACCCAGUGGCCCGAAAGCCACAAGGGUCCUGUCCUGAACUACCUCGCCAAGUGCGACGGUGACUGCUCUACCGCCGACAAGACCAGCCUCGAGUGGUUCAAGAUCGAGGCUGAGGGUCUCUUCAAUGAUGGCACGUGGGCCUCCGAUGCCCUGAUUGCCAACAACAACACUGGCUCCGUCACCAUCCCCAGCUCCCUCGCCGCUGGUAACUACGUUCUCCGUCACGAGAUCAUCGCUCUGCACUCUGCCGAGAACAAGGAUGGUGCUCAGAACUACCCCCAGUGCUUGAACCUCAAGGUCACUGGUGGUGGCAGCGACUCCCCCUCCGGUGUCGUCGGCACCUCCCUCUACAAGGACACUGACCCCGGUAUCCUCGUCAACAUCUACAACAACCUGAAGAGCUACGUUAUCCCCGGUCCCGCUGUCUACUCGGCCGGUGAUUCCUCUUCCUCUGGCUCCAACGCCGCCGCCCCUGCCACCACUGCCGCCGCCACUCCCACUGGUACCUCCUCCGGUGCUUCUUCCGUUAGUGCUUCCCCCAAAUCCAGCUCCGUUGUGAGCGCCUCCUCCACCCCAGACCAUCCCAAGUCUACUCGCCUGCCCCGUCCCUCGCCCAGCGGUCGCCCAAAGAAGCAUUGCAAGCCCAAGAACAAGAAGAAGACGACCACUUCUGCUGCCACUGCUGCUGCCACUGCCACUACCACCACGGCUACUACUGCCGGAGAAGCCGCCGCUACCAUUACAGCAAACGUUACUGACUCGAUUCAUGCACAGACUUCUAGCGCCGCUGACUCCGUCACCGUUACCGCCAGCGCUGGAGGCCAGUCCGCCCAGGCUACCUCCGCCCCCGGCAGCAGCUCUGGCUCCGCCUCCUCUGGUUCUUCCACUUCCUCUGGCUCCGCCUCCUCUGGCUCCGCCUCCUCUGGCUCCGCCUCCUCUGGCUCCGCCUCCUCUGGCUCCGCCUCUUCUUCUUCCGGCGCCAGCUCUUACAACUCCCAGGACUGGUCCUCCUACCUGAGCUCCCUCAGCGCCGAACAGGCCCUGAGCGUUGUUCGUGACACCAUCAAGUGGCUCGUCAGCGACCAGAAGAUUCACGCCCGUGACCUCCGCGUCUAA